UCCGGUUCAAAUCUGUUUGAUUUCUGGCGGUUUGUUUUGAAUGUAUAAAACGCUAAAGAUAUGUUCACCGUUUCUGUUCAUUUUUUAACCUAGAACCUUUUCGUCCACUAUGGACGCGCAAACCACGUCUGUUUUAAAUCGGAUAAUCAGGAGAAUACCGAACAAAAAUAUAGAAGAUCUUUUAAAGAAAUGGAACUGUUUAUCAGCGGACCAGCUGCGCGCCCUGGAUUACACACGACCCAAGUGGGUGAUAGUGGAGCAUGUCAUCAGUUUCUGUGAGGAGAACAGACUUAACAUGAAGCACAUCACUAAUCUGGAAAUGAUCUAUCAUAUAGAAAACCCCGAUCGGGGCACAUGGCAUGCAUGCCAGCUUGCAGAGGCACAGGAUGAUGCCGUCUGCGUAGAGCUGACGCAGUUUAAAGAGCAGUUCAAAGCACACUUGCAUGGGGUCAUUCGGCAUAUUUCCAUUAAAUUGAAGAAACACGAGGAUGAGGCUAUAUGGAUACGGAUCGCAUGGGGAGACAACUUCAACAAACCCAACCACCUUAAACCUACUUACGUCGUGCACCACCUGCACACUUCCUACGUUUUUAUAUCCAACCUUACGGCCAAACACAAGAUAUAUCUUUGUCAGGCUUUAGUAAUAGCCACUAAACAUGGCUCUAUAAAGGAUGGCCACCUGAGCACCAAGAGUCUCACCGCAAUGAGGGACUUACUUCUGAGACGGUAUCAGCAGGUUUUUCCAAAUGCACACUCAAGGAUCCUACAGGACAGAAACACCGUUUCAUCCCAUCCCUGCAUUGGAAAGGAACAUGGUGACCAUGAAGAGAUGCGACGCCAGAUGUCCUGCGAGGCAUUCGGACUUGGCCCUUCUCCAAAACUGGAAACGGCAGUGUACAGACUUGAGACGAGGUACAGAGGAACUGGCGACCACAGCCUCGGCGACAGAGAGGAGUUCUUCAGAGGGGUGGUCAGGUUCUCAAGCAGCGGUUUGCUCGAUUCUCUGCGCCACUGUGUCGCUUCAGGUAUAGCCGAAGGUCCAGUCACUCCGCUGCUGUCAGCCAUCACUCAGAGAGGAAGGAAUUAUUUUGUGAUCACGGAUAAAGGCCCUGGUGUUUCCAGCCAGGCAUCGGCACAGACAGCCCCGUCACAACAGACAUUGUAGAGAAAGAUCGGUUCAGCCGGGGAUGAGCAUACAUGAGGAUAUAUAUUUUGCAUCUUGCAAACCGAAAUAACAUAGUCGCGCUUAUAGUCUAGUAUUGUCAUAAGAGGACUGAGCUGUCUGAGACGGCUGUCAUUAUCACUGAUCCAGCAAGGAGAGACUGAAAUGUUUUUACAAUUAACCUUGAUAAUACAUGUAUCAUUUUUAUCAUUUUUGCAUGGUUUAAAUAAAGAUUUUGGUAGGAAAAAAUGUUUUUUUUUUUUACAUUUUCUUGCAUCAUGUAACCAGUCAACAACAUUGCACGACGGUGUUCAAUAAUAAAUGUUGACAAUGGAAACUC